GCGGAAGUGAACACGUGGGGUUGAAGGAUCGGUACGCAUGCUGAGCACUCACGAACCAUACUCAGGAUCAGAAGUUAACACUCCUCUCCAUCAUCAUGGCCGUGAGAGCAUCGUUUGAGAAAAACAACGAGAUCGGCUGCUUCGCCAAACUGACUAACACAUACUGCUUGGUGGCGAUCGGCGGCUCAGAGAACUUCUACAGCGUGUUUGAAGGAGAGUUGUCAGAAACCAUCCCAGUGGUUCACGCCUCCAUAGCAGGCUGUCGCAUCAUAGGGAGGAUGUGUGUGGGUAACCGUCACGGCCUUCUGGUGCCCAACAACACGACAGACCAGGAGCUGCAGCACAUCAGAAACUGUCUGCCAGAAGCAGUGAGGAUCCAGAGAGUCGAGGAGCGGCUGUCUGCUCUCGGCAACGUCAUCGCCUGCAACGACUACGUAGCGCUGGUCCACCCCGACCUCGACAGGGAGACGGAGGAGAUCCUCGCAGACACCCUGAAGGUGGAGGUUUUCCGUCAGACGGUAGCAGAGCAGGUCCUGGUCGGCUCCUACUGCGCAUUCAGCAACCAGGGCGGCCUCGUCCACCCAAAGACGUCUAUAGAAGAUCAGGACGAGCUGUCGUCUCUGCUACAAGUUCCCCUAGUGGCCGGCACAGUGAACCGGGGCAGUGAGGUGAUCGCGGCGGGGAUGGUGGUCAACGACUGGUGCGCGUUCUGCGGCCUGGACACCACCAGCACCGAGCUGUCCGUCAUCGAGAGCGUCUUCAGACUCAGCGACACGGCGCAGCCCUCCGCCAUCGCCACCAGCAUGAGGGACUCGCUGAUCGACAGCAUGGCGUAAGCCGCCUCUGCCGCUUCCUGCCGUUGAAGAGUUUCUGCUGCGGUUCGCCUGGUCUCACAUGAAGCCGACAAGCUGCUGGACCUCAAGUCUCAACCGAGAACACCUGCUUCUACACAGUACCAUUCACUUCCACUCAGACGUCACCGCUCCCACCUGCAGCCACGUUGCACUCAUCAUCAUUUUGUGCCUUUUUUACUUUUGGUUUAGUCUUUCUAAAAUCUUUCCUCUGGUUACUUCAGUAGAAUAUCAGGCACUGAAACAGGCCCAGCUGCACCUCACCUCUAAUGUUGACUGUCGGUUUUUAAAGGAGAGGCUGUUGAUCAGAGGCUUGAAGUUGGCGAUCAGGUUGCUGGAGGCCUUUCAGUAAAACGGAGAAAAUGGUGAAAGAAAUCUGAGCAUUUCAGUCUGAUAUUUCAGCCUCUGUGGCACUAAUGAGAAUAUUUUUAACCAAACAGGGAGAAAUAAGUUUGAAUGUUUUCUCCCUGUUUGGAUAAAAGUGACCAAGGCACCGUUAAAGGAAUUAAAAAUCAAACUUGUUUGUGUGGCUGUAUCGUUUAAAGAUGUCUGAACUCUUCUGUUAGGAGCUCCUGCUCUGAAUGUAAAUCUAAUGUAAACAGGAUCGUCGCUCUAAAAGGCCACUCCGAUGGGCGACAGCAACAUCAACUCACUCGAUUUGUCUCUUAAAGUCACGCUUCAGUUCCUCCUGUCGUCUGUAGCUCUCAGUUUCUCAUCAACACCACUAAACUGUAUCGCCAUCAGACGUAUCUCUGAUGCUUGAAGGUUGUGACCCAACUGAAACUGUAAGAGCCAACGAUAACUUGGUAAAGUCAAUGAACGAGCGCUGAUCAAUUUUCCCUCUUCAGCUCUGAAUUCACACGAUUUGAUGUCGUAGCUUCCAGCAAACUGACGGUGAGAUAAACACACAGUUAUUUCAGAGACGAAUGAUUCAGAUGCAAACUGACUGACUGAAAAUAGUUUUUACUUCAGAAUGAAUGAAGACCUGCCAGGUGAACUCGGUUGAUGUUUCUUAACGAACGUUACGUCUCGUCUGUCUUGUAAAAUAAAAUAAAUCACACUUU